AUGGACCCUGAAAGAGAGUGCUCCCGCUUAUGGCGCGCCUGGAGAACCGUUCAUGAGAUGGUCAAGGAUCGUGGCUACGAAAUCUCUGAGGAGGAAGUUAGCAUUACUCUCGACGAGUUCAGACGCCACUACUGCGAUAGUGAAGGCCGUCCUCAGCGCAAAAACAUGACUUUUAAAGCGAAUCCAUCAGAGAAGAUGCUGAAGCAGCACGCUGCACCCCCUGGACAACCUGCAAAUGUUGGUACAAUCUGGGUGGAGUUCUCAUCGGAGCCUAAUAUUGCUAUGAAGAUCGUUCCGACUGUCCUCCCAGCUAUCAUAGAGGUAUUUGAGGAGGCCGAUCUACUGGUCAACAUCACGAAGCACGAAUUAGUCCCUACUCAUCACCUACUCAGUCGGGAAGAGAAGCGAAGACUACUUGAAAGAUAUCGCCUGAAGGAGACACAGCUGCCUAGAAUACAGAGUGCUGAUCCUGUCGCGAGGUACAUGGGUCUUAAACGUGGAAUGGUGGUUAAAAUUGUCAGGAAGAGCGAGACCAGCGGUAGAUACGCCAGUUAUCGUUUGUGUAUGUGA